AUGGACUUUCUGCGCUCGUCGUUGCGUCUUGCACGCCAAGCACGAGCUGCGCGAAAGCGCUUCGUCGUUCCCGCAUCCGUGGCGGACGAUUUCGCAGUGGCGUGCGGUGGUGCUCACACGCUCGUUCUGACAGCGGAUGGCAGGGUGUACAGCACGGGUCUCAACGACCAAGGGCAGCUGGGGUUGGGAGACUCAACCGCUCCACCAUACGUCACUUCACCCAAAGAGGUGGUCGGCUUUGAUCGGCCUGUAGUGGCCAUUGCAGCUGCUGCCUUCCACUCAGCAGCAAUAGAUGAGGCCGGCCAAAUGUAUUUGUGGGGCGGCAAUGCCACCCGCCAGCUUGGACUCGGCUCACGCGCCCCAUCCAAGGUGCAUUCGCCGCGUGUCCCUGAGGCGCUGGUGGGAGUGAGCAUCCAACACAUGGCCCUGGGGGGUCAACACACCCUCGCUGUCACUGCCGAUGGUCAGCUGCUCUCGUGGGGAAAGGGCCUGCUGGGUCACGGCCCGCUGCCGCUCUUCUCCCGCCUCUCCAGGAAAUCCAGUGAGUCCAUCCCGCGGCUCGUGAAGGCCAUGGCAAGCACCAAGGGCCUGGGGGAUGAGAAGGAUCGGGAGGAACCGGUGGAGCUGAGAUCUCUGCAGCAUGCUGUAACGGAUGUGGCGUGUGGUGGUUACCACACCGCUGCUGUCACAGCAUUCCGUUCCCUGACUCCUGCUCUCGCCCCGCGCCCUUCAUAUCGCUCAUGCGCUUCCCACCCUACUCACCCCUCCUCAUGCCACGUGGCAGCGGGCGAUUGGCUGCAGGGGCCGUACGUGUACGCGCUGUACCAGCACUACGGGUACGACAAGGGCGACAUCGGCCGCCUCUUCAUCGCUGGAUUCGGGUCCUCCAUGGUCUUUGGCACCAUCGUGGGGUCGCUGGCAGACCGCCAUGGGCGUCGCCUGGCCUGCGUGCUCUACUGCAUUACAUACAUCCUGAGCUGUCUCACCAAGCACUUCCCGGCCUUCUCCAUCCUCGUGCUGGGUCGUGUGCUGGGCGGCAUAGCCACCUCGCUGCUCUUCUCCGCCUUUGAGUCCUGGCUCGUCGCUGAGCACUUUGCUCGGGGUUUUGAGCCGCCCUGGUUGUCGAUCACAUUCUCCAAAGCCAUCUUCCUGGGAAAUGGCCUCGUGGCGAUACUUUCAGGCCUGGUGGCCAACGUGCUGGUAACAGACCUCAACCUCGGCCCAGUAGCGCCCUUUGAUGCCGCAUCAGUGCUGCUAGCGGGGGGAAUGGCGGUGAUAGUGGGCACGUGGAGUGAGAACUAUGGGGACUCUGAUCAGUCGCACGGGCUGCUGCUGCAGUUCCAACUCGCCUACCAUGCCAUCGCCUCAGAUGAGAAGAUUGCCAUUCUAGGAGCCAUCCAGUCGCUCUUCGAGGCCAGCAUGUACACGUUCGUGUUCCUCUGGACGCCAGCGCUCGCCCCUUCACAGCAGGCCAUACCGCACGGCUUCAUCUUCUCGCUCUUCAUGCUCGCAUCCAUGCUCGGCUCCUCCCUGGCCUCCCGCCUCAUGGGCCGUGCGGGGCUGAAGGUCGAGGUCUACAUGCAGGCUGUCUUUGCCAUCUCCUCGCUCUCGCUGCUCCUUCCGUGCAUCGUCAAUUGGUUCUUGGAGCCCCACCCCCCUCCAGGGGGUGGCAUCACAGCAGGAGGCCGCGUGCAGCUAGCGGGGCUCUGUGUGUUUGAGGCAUGUGUGGGCGUGUCCUGGCCGUCGCUCAUGCCCUCUUAUCCACACACUCCCUCUCACUCCGCCUCUCCACCUCCCAUUCCCCAGUGGGUCCUGGAGCCCCACCCUCCACCAGGGGGCGGCAUCACACCGGGAGGCCGCGUGCAGCUGGCGGGGUUCUGUGUGUUUGAGGCGUGUGUGGGCGUGUUCUGGCCGUCGCUCAUGCGCAUGCGAGCACAGUACCUGCCAGAGGAGUCCCGAUCCACCAUCAUGAACUUCUUCCGCGUCCCCCUCAACGUCUUCGUCUGCCUUGUUCUCUACCACGUGCGAGCCUUCCCAAUGACGGCCAUGUUCCUCAUGUGCUCGCUCUUCCUCGCCAUCGCUGCUCUCCUGCAGCGCCGCCUGCUCCACCUCGCUCUCAGCGCCCUGCCCCAGGCUCCUCUUCCCCUCGUGCUCAACCUCCCUACGCUCUGCGUGUUCUUCCUCACUCCCCCCUAUCCGCCCAUCAGCCAUAGCGAAUCAGACCCCGAGUCCCAUUGA